GAGUGGAGUUCACUACUCACCAAUCACCAAGACCUCGAUCGAAGCCAAUCCGGUCUGUGUCACUUCGUCUUGGGGUUUUAGUUCUUCUUAUACUUGAAGCCCAGUGUAGGAAAGAGUAGCAGAGAGCCAACAUGGAGGAGAUGAAUCAAAGCCAGCAGCACCAAAACUCAGCUAUCAAACCGAUCAUACCUAUUCGUUUCAUCGUCAAACUGGGAGGAGCAGCAAUUACUUGCAAAAAUGAGUUUGAGAAGAUAAAUGAAGAAGCUCUUGAAACGGUCUCAUUGCAGCUUCGACAAGCAAUGAUGUCAGGAUCUUCUUCUGGGAAGUCUCUGGGGAUGGAUUGGAGCAAACGCCCCGGGAUUUCAGAAACUCCUAGCGUUGAUGAGGAUUUCAGAGAUCAACCUGUUUUUGACUCUGGCAGUUUUAUUGUUGUUCAUGGGGCAGGUUCUUUUGGCCACUUUCAAGCUAGCAGAUCUGGGGUUCAUAAAGGAGGAUUGGACCAGCCUCUUGUCAAGGCUGGGUUUGUUGCUACACGUAUUUCUGUUACAUCCCUCAAUCUCGAAAUUGUCAGAGCCCUAGCAAGAGAGUGUAUUCCCUCUGUCGGAAUGUCUCCAUUUUCCUGUGGGUGGUCAACUCGUGAAAGAAAUAUAGUUUCAGCUGAUCUAUCUAUGGUGACUAAGGCCAUUGACUCUGGUUUUAUACCUGUUCUUCAUGGAGAUGCAGUGCUUGAUGCCUCACUGGAUUGCACCAUCUUGAGUGGAGACGUAAUUAUACGCCACAUUGCAGAGCAGCUAAAGCCGGAAUUUGUUGUUUUUCUUGUAUCCCCUGUUUAUGAUUGUCAUUAUCAUUUUUUAAACAGUAAUAAAAAAAAAUCUAAUUACAUUAAUAGACCACAAAUUUUACCCUGUCAUGCAUUACUGUAUAUUUGUCAUUUUAGGUGGGCUUCGAGAUUUCAUCUGGUACGAUCUCAGGUUUACCUCUACUAUGACCUAUCAAGGUCACACUAUUCAUCUGAUGCUUGUGAAAGUGAUUUUCUUACAUGUUAUCCUAUAUAAUACGGACUGAAGACAGAUGUUUCUGGAGUGUAUGACAGUCCACCAACAGAACCUAAUGCAGUACUCCUCAAGGAGAUUGGUGAGCACCAAGUUUUCGCCAAGAUUUUGUACACUGACGAUACUCAAAUGUUGAGGCAGAUUUAUGCUAUUGAAUUGGGAUGACUGAUUCUUCAACCAUAACAGCUGUGCGUGAAGAUGGGAGCUGGUUUGUGGUGAAACCAAAAUUAGAAGACAUGAAUAGGCAAGUUCAGAUAACUGUAGCAUCUCAUGAUACAACUGGUGGAAUGGUGACCAAAAUAUCGGAAGCUGCAAGUAUUGCAAAACUCGGAAUUGAUGUCUACAUCGUGAGGGCAGGCACAAACGACUCUCUAAGGGCCUUGAGCGGGGAAAUCAGGGGCAACACGCCUGAAGACUGGCUUGGAACAGUCAUCCGGUUUGUGAAAUAGAAGAGAUGCUUGCACCAUAAUCUUCAAUUUGUCCAUGAAGAGGAUGAACAGAGGCAUCAAACAAACGAGGUGGCCUAUCUACCAUUGUUCGCCUUGUGUUUUUUUUUUUUU